ACUACCAUUUAUCUCUCUCUCUCUACCAGCUCUCUGUUUUUUGCUAAAUCUCUCUCCACCAGCUCUCUGUUUCUUUUGCUAAGUCUCUCUCUCUCUCUGUAUAUAUAAAAUGAUGCACGCAUCAUUUUGAUGGAUAUUUAAGCUUAAUCAACAAUCCAACGCUCACAUCUCUCCGUCUCUCUCGGGUGGAGAUCUCGAUUUGUUGAAUUUCUGGUUAGGUCCACUGUUUUUAUGUUUCGGGAAAUUUAACAAGAGGAGCACAUACGUCAGUUGGCAUUUAUUGUUUUCAUAUUCUGUGAGGUGAAGAGAUCUGGAUCCGUUGAAUUGGUAGUCAGGUUUGGUGUUAUUAAUGCCCUUUUGGAUUGUUUGAAGUCUAAUAAUGAGUACCGAACUUCUGGAAAUUCAGCCACAGGAACUCAAAUUUAUAUUUAAGUUGAAGAAACAGUGUUCAUGCUCUGUUCGAUUAGUCAAUAAGACCAACCAACAUGUUGCCUAUAAGGUGAAAACAACAUCUCCAAAAAAAUACUGUGUGCGACCAAACACAGGAGUAUUGAGUCCAAAGGCAAUAUGUGAUUUUACAGUUACAAUGCAAGCACAACGGACUAUUCCUCCUAAUAUGAUCUGCAAGGACAAGUUUUUACUUCAAUGUGCUAUGGUUGUUGCGGGGACGACCGAGGAGGAUAUUACAUCUGACACGUUUGAAAAAGAUGGAAAGUAUGUUGAGGAGAAGAAGCUUAGAGUGAUUCUUGUCAGCCCACCCAGUUCUCCUAUACUUUCUCCGGUCAAUGAAAGACUAAAGCAGGUGCAAUCUUGUGAAGUGUCAAUACCAGAAGAUCAAAAUCCAAAUAGCAUCGAAAACUUCAGUCCACGUCAGACGGUUAUCGAGGAUGUGAAACAAACCAAAAUGGAUGUUGCUGACGAAUUAAAGCCAAUAAUGAAAAAGAAUACUGAGGAGUUGAUGCUAAGCAAAGAUGUUGUGUAUGAAAAGCAGGAUGGUUUUUCUAAAACGGUAAAGGAUCUGGAGGAGCUGAAGGUAGUCAAAGUUGUAAAGGACUAUAAACCACUGAAUGUUGUAGAAUCUAUAAUAAUGGACGGGGAUGAGCUGAAGUUAGUGAAGGUAAUUGAGGAGGUGAAGUCAAAAAUAGGAGAAUUUGAAUCAAAGUUAAACGAGGCCGAGAGAACAAUUUCAAAACUGACAGAAGAGAAGAAGCUAAGCACCCAAGACAGGAAACUUUUACAGCAGGAAUUGGCUCUGCUUAGGAGUAAGAGAAGUGAACAAAGACUUCAACCGGGAUUUCCUCUGAUGUUUGUUUGUUUGGUUGCACUUGUUAGCAUCUUGUUUGGUUACCUUCUCAACAAGCCCUAAGCACCGGUUAGUAUGAAAAUACAGCAGGAAGACUCUUUACGCCUGUAGAUAACAGCAAACUUACUUAAAGCUGCAAAGAGAUCGUGCAAAACUGCCAAGUCACCACGCUAUUAUGGAUGCACUAUCUUCUUUGCUGAAUAUUGACGUAGAAAACUUCCAUUUCUAGUAUGCGAUGUUUUAAACCUUUUUACUGAUAACUUGCAAUUGCUGUAACCUUUUAUACCUUUGUCAAUUA